UGCGUUACUCCGCUGUAUUUAAGGCAGAGAGCAUGGCUUGGUCAAGUGUAAAUAUCAGUAACAUCACUUUGGAGACUGCGCGUCCUGAGGAUGAUCCGCGGAACGAGCGCUUGGCUCAGGUGGAAAUAGUUCUUCUGUCCAUCAUCUUCAUCACUGCGGGGAUCCUGAACGUCGGGCUCUUGUUGGUGCUGUGGAAGCGCAGGAAGCAGCUCUCCAGGAUGCGCGUCUUCGUUUUCCACCUGUGCGUCGCAGACCUGGUGGUCACCUUCUUCCAAGUUUGUCCGCAGCUCAUGUGGGACAUCACGGACAGAUUCGUUGGUCCAGACAUACUGUGUCGCGCAGUGAAGUACCUGCAGGUGGUGGGGAUGUUUGCCUCCACGUACAUGAUAGUGGCGAUGACGAUAGACCGAUAUCAAGCCAUCUGCAACCCCAUGGUGACGUUCCAGAGGCGCAGGGCGCGCUGGAACGGUCCGGUGUGCGCCGCCUGGUGCGUCUCUCUCAUCGGCAGCCUCCCGCAGGUGUUCAUCUUCUCCCGGGUGAAGGUCGCUCCCGGUGUGUACGACUGCUGGGCGCAGUUCAUCAAGCCGUGGGGACCGAGAGCCUACGUGACCUGGACCACUCUGGUGAUAUUCGUGCUGCCCAUUCUCACGGUGAUCGUGUGCCAGGUGCGCAUCUGCCGCACCGUGCACAUCAACUUCCACAUGAAGACGCAGCACGUCGGAGAGGCGCACACCAAGGCGCUGUCCUCCAGGGCCAGCAGCGUGGCCGGGGUGUCCAAAGCCAGGGCGAAGACCGUGAAGAUGACCGUGGUCAUCGUGCUCACAUACAUCAUCUGCUGGACGCCUUUCUUCACCGUGCAGCUGUGGUCUGUGUGGGACGUGCAGGCGCCCACUCACUCUGCAAUCUUCAGCAUCCUGAUGUUGCUGGCCAGUCUGAACAGCUGUGCGAACCCCUGCAUCUACUUGCUGUUCAGCGGGAAGCUGCCCAAGAGACUGGUGGCUAUGAUGUGCACGCGAGAGUCAGAGCUGAAGGACUCCAUCCAGGAGGAGGGCACCAUGGUCAGCUCCCUGUACAUCAGUCUCAAGAGCCUGUCGGUCAGCAGAUAAAGAGCCUGACGUCCACUGAGACGUCCUCUCACCUCGAUAGGUCUUGACACCAAGUGUGAGAACAAACAUCAAAGUAUAGUACAUAGUCCCUGUGGUAACAGUACUGUGGUGAGAACACAUUGUGGAAAUGAACCAGUGAAAUGUAGAAAGUCACUGGUGAGUAGCAGAGACAAGUCAUUAAAGGGACAUUUCUCUAAAAACUCAUGGUUGUCUCUAUUACAUGAUUAAUGGUUUGUAUUUAUGUAGAACUUUUCUCGUCUUGAUGAAAACUCAAAGCUCUGUACAGUUUUUUUGCCAUCUCACAUAGUGUAUGUACAGUAAUUUUGGGGUUCAGUAUCUUUCACUUCGUCGUGCAGAAUGGGGCGACUGGGAUCGAACUGCCGCAUCUUUUGUUAGUGGACGACCCGCUCCACCCCCAAGCAGUGGAUUGCUAUACCUAUUGUGGCCACAGUAGUGGUGUGACCCGAGAGAUGGUGAUCUGUUGAUCCAUGAUAGUUCCAGACAUUCGAGGUGCCCAGAGGAUUAAUCCAAAUUACCAUUGGGAUCCUUUGGCUUUUCCUAUAUUACCACCACCAUGACAUUGACAUUGAUUGGACUGCCAUGACAUUUGGCCCAUAUAUGUAUCAUCUCCAGAGCAUGAACUGUAAUAACGCUGGUGUCUCCAGAACUGUACCUGUGGUGUUUUGUGCUGUACAUGUAGGUCCUUUGUUUCUAGGGCCCAGCUUUAUUUGGAAUCCACAGCACAACAUGGAUCAGGUUAUUUUGUCAGAAAGACAUAAAUAUUGACUGGACACAUUUGCAUUAAUGACGUUACUUCUAUUUAACUGCAUGUGAUCUCGUUUUGACAAAGACAGCUAACUUGUGAAAUGGAGUAAUGAGUAAAAUGUGCUGCAUAAUACGAAAGUGAUAGAAACAAAUGUAAUUCAUAUUUAAAUGUAUAAUAUGUCCUUUGACUGUGAUUCUUCAGUAUACAUUACAGCUCAUCAAUAUAAAUGAUCACAUAUACUGUAUAUGAUGAUGACAGAUCAGUCAUGUGACACCAAGAUCUUCAAAUCUGCAGUAAGAUGCUCACUCAAAUGUGUCAGCAUUUAUACAUUUAUACAAGACUUUUC